AUGCGCUUCGUAGCCUUCGUCUUGCUUGUGUUGGCCGCUCUCUGCGUGGUGGCCAGGGCCAAUGAUUGCAUCAUGUCCAAGUGCCCUCACGAACUCGACGCCUGCAUCAACGACGCCACCUGCGCCGCCUCCCUCGAGUGCUCUGUGGCCUGCGAGGACACCGCCUGCACCCAGCAGUGCGCCCACAAGGCGAGCUGCAAUGACGCGUUCAAGAACAUGACGGCCUGCGCCUCGCAGUGCCUGCCCGAAGUGCACGCCCAGGUGCUGGACCUCAUCGCCGAGGAGGAGGCCGAGACGCUGGAAGACGAGCUGCUGUGGGCGUCCAAGUCCAAGUGCAAGUUCCUCAAGAAGGCCAAGUGCGCCGUCAAGGUCGCCCUCGCCAUCAAGCAGUGCAGCCACGACAUCCCCUGCAUCAUCCAGAAGCUCAAGAGCUGCGCCAAGUGCUUCUGCUCGAUGGUCAAGUGCAAGGGUCCCUGCAAGAACAUCUGCUGA